AUCACUUUACGGCACCAAAUAUGGCGUCUCUCUUCAGCGGUGUGCUGCAGUUGACAGAUCUCGACGAUUUUAUCACACCGUCUCAGGAAUGUGUCAAACCUGUCAAGGUAGAGAAGAAAACCCGCAAAUCUGUGGCAAAAAUCCAGAUAGAAGAUGAUGGCACUUAUGUCCAAAUCAACCAAGAGGGCCAUAAGCAGAAGCUGGAGAAAGCAAAGAUUACACUGAAUGACUGUUUGGCCUGUAGCGGCUGUAUCACCUCUGCUGAAAGCGUCCUCAUCACGCAGCAAAGCCACGAGGAGCUCCUCAAAGUGCUACGUAACAACAAGGGGAGCGAGACGGAGAAGAAGGUGGUGGUGGUGUCCGUGUCACCUCAGUCAAGGGCCUCCCUCGCCGCAUUCUUUGGCCUCAGCAGCAGUGACGCUGGGAGGAGGCUCACAUCUUUCUUCAAAGGCCUUGGCGUUCACCAUGUGUUUGACACAAGCUUCAGUCGGACCUUCAGCCUGCUGGAGAGCCAGCGAGAGUUUGUGGAGCGUUUCCAAAGGAAGGAGCAGGACAGCAAAGCCCUGCCCAUGUUGACAUCAGCAUGUCCGGGUUGGAUCUGCUAUGCAGAGAAGACACAUGGCGAGUUUGUUCUUCCUUACAUCAGUACCACUCGCUCCCCUCAGCAGAUGAUGGGCUCGCUGGUUAAAGGCUAUUUUGCACAACAAGAAGGUCUGAGUCCACAGCAAAUCUACCAUGUGGCGGUGAUGCCCUGCUUCGAUAAGAAACUGGAGGCUUCGAGGUCAGACUUCUACCUGAACAACGCUGAGAGCAGAGAAGUGGACUGCGUCAUCACUUCCGGGGAAGUCCAGAGAAUGCUCGAGGAGGAACACGUGUCUCUUAGUGAUGUACAGGCUGCGCCUCUAGAUACACUGUUCAGUAGCGUGAGAGACGGUGAGUUCCUGAGCCACGCCGGGAGCGGCUCAGGCGGUUACCUCCAUCACGUCUUCACCUACGCAGCCAAGCAAAUAUUUGGGGACGACAUCAAGGAACUCACCUACAAGACUCUCAGGAAUAAGGACUUCCAGGAGGUGACGCUGGAGAAAGACGGCACAGUUGUGCUGAGUUUUGCUUCAACAUAUGGCUUUCGCAACAUCCAGAACCUGGUGCAGAAACUCAAGAGGGGGAAGUCACCGUACCACUUUGUGGAGGUCAUGGCCUGUCCCUCAGGAUGUCUCAAUGGGGGCGGGCAGGUGAAACCACCUCCAGGUCAGAACCCAAAAGAGUUCCUCCAGAAGGUGGAGGAACUCUACAAAGCAGAACAACCUCAAGCGCCGGAGGAUGACUCAUACGUGUCCGAGCUGUACCAGUCGUGGCUGCACAGCGUGGGUGAGGAGCGCGCCAAAGAGCUGCUGCACACGCGGUACCACACGGUGGAGAAGAUGACCAAUGGACUCACUAUGAAAUGGUGAUGACACCACAACCGUCCAAUGACUUGUGACACCUUCCGUCAGUGUUUGACAUCCUAACAUCCAUGACAUCAAUGCCAAUUUACAGUAAAUGAUGUAUAUUAUAUUCUGAAAUGUAGAAACAUUAAGUAGUUUGGAAAUAGUUAAUUUAAUAAACAUAUUUUGACCAAAUAAAACAUUAAGCAAAAAUGUUUGGUUGAUAUGAUUUUAAUAUUUGUUGAUGAGCUCAACAUACCAGCAUCCUGCUCCAUAAAGCCUACUUGUAAAUGGAACGCUGAAGAGUAUAUUACAGUAUGAGUAGGAGUUAACUGACUGUAUAA